AUGGAGAGAAAACGAAAGCUACCGGCGAGGGCUGCCGCAAGAGUUGAACAUGUCUCCAAAAAACGAACUGCAACACCUCCCGAACGAUCUGUAACUCCAGUUCCAGCAUCGGCAUCGACUCCGAUAUCUACUGAAAUUGUUCCGGAAGACCCCCCUCUACCAAAAUCUAUCCAGGCCGGUAAUCCCUUACCGACCGUUGAACAUCCGCAACCCGAUGAUCUCUUAAGUAAAGAUUAUCAAUCCAUUCAAGAAAGUGGUGUCCUAGCUGAAUCACUCUUAAGAUCGCGUCAAAAAUGGGCUCACGAAGGCGUCUUUGAGAAAUAUUGGACCAAACCCACGAAACGGAAAGGCGUUGUGAAAGAGGACCCCAACAACCCCCCUAAAGAUAGUAUGACCAAGAUCGGUCAAGUUACAAUUACUGUCGAGCCUCACGUUCUCGAAGCCACCAUGUACGCUGUCAAAGAUCCGAAACCUGCGCCUACUACCAACUCUACUUUCCGACCCAUCGUACAAUAUGGUCCUCCAAAUGGCGCCAUGCCCCCUCCUCCGAAACCGAGUACACCAUCCACACCGAACGCACCGAUAGCCUCACCUUCACAGCCGCCGGCUCAGCCACCCUCGCAGUCAUCAUCGACAGCGCAACCGCCAGUACAAGCGCAAGGCCAGACACAAUCUCAGUCGCAAACGCAGCAGUUAGAUAUGCAGCGGCCUCCAUCUACCACUAUACCUCCUAAUAAACCAUUAGCCUCCCCACGUGGUCUAGAGUCGGUCCUUGCCGCUCCUCAGCACCCACCGACGAUCCCUCCCACGACAGGCCCCUCACAGCCAGUACCCCCUCAGGCUAGAGGGCCCUCUCAACCCGCAUUGAGUACCAACCGACCGCUACAUGCUCCUAACUCAGGAGCAACUACGGCUGUUACGGGACCGCCUGUCCCCGCACCAGCCAAGUCUUCUACGCCAGCUGCAAAACCAGCAACGCCGACUGCUCCCGGUGCUGAUCCCAUAAUAGUUACGCUUGCAGAGAGAGCAUCUGAAGAUCCCCAACUUCGUGAUCUUAUGAAACGCGUUGCUAUUGGCGACGCCGCACCCGCUGAGUUGGCACACUUUCAAAAGAUAAUUGACCAGAUUACCGCCGAUUAUAAGAAAAAGGGGGGCCAACAAGGCCCAUCAGCGGAUAGGCUCAUCGUAGAUGGAAGAACGGUGAAGUAUUUCGCCGACGAGGUCCGAACUAUACUUGAAAUCGUUCUCGCUUCCAACCCGAACCAGAGAUCUAAUGACCUGAGGACACCACAAGGAAGCGAUCCAUUAGUAAUUCUGCUCUUGAAGAAGGCCUUGGAUGACGUGACUACGCGGGACAUUGUUAAGAGAAUAGCUGAGGGCAAAACUAGAUUCACAGAUACCACAGAUUUGAAGACAACUCUUGAUAAGCUGAAGGAUCUUGUAGUGAAGGAAACCUCAAAGCCUCAGCAGGUAACACCAGGGGCUUCUCAGACAACGGCUACGAAUGGGGUAGAGAGUCCUACUGUACAAACCAGUUCUGUGUCGAGAAAGGCAUCACUUACUGGGCCUGGACAACCUACUCAUGCAUCUAGUUCCCAGCAAGCGCUACGCUCAAAGGGACCACCACCAUCUAUUAAGCCCGAUAUCUCGGCCAUCGUACUGGAAUUUUCUGGAGGUACCGGUGACAGGUACUUGUUCCCUAAGUACAGCAUCAUCGAAUAUGUCAACCCUACUCAGGCCGUUGCAUCCUUCCUCAUAGUACGUAAGGGAAGCAAGCUGGAGUACGGAGGAGAUCCCGCAUUGGACUAUUAUCAGCCUGUGACGAUCCGGAUAUAUGCCCAGUCCCCUAAACACCUAGAGAGUUUGGCCAGGGUGGUUGCUCCUCAGGAUGAGGUGCGACGCUACAUGGAUGAUAUCAUGGAUAAUAUGACACGGGCUGAGUACGUUCUUCUCGCAAUGCGUCUGCCAAAAGCGGAUAAGGAGGAGCAAGCAGAGGAGGGCACUAGUACGCCAAAGGUAGAUCCGGCAAAUCAGCCUCAACAGUCUAAGGUACUGUGGAACAACAAGGUUCCUUCUACGGCAACUCCGCCGCAGAAACCUAUAACAAAACCACUAGGUGAGGACGAGCAGUACCAGAGCUUCAUCGCCACUGUAAGCUAG